CACCUCAAAUACCCACAAAAACUCAAAAAGCCUCAAAAAACGAAAGAACAAAAAAAAGAUGAAAGUCUUAAACUCAUCUCAAAACCUAUUCUUGGCCAUAACUUUUUUCCUUGUUCUCGUCGUUCAUCUAAAAGCCCAAGACAGACCUCGAGACUUUUUGGAAGCUCACAACCGGGCAAGAGCCGAGGUUGGGGUUGGUCCCCUAAGAUGGGACGAAGAGGUGGCAGCUUACGCCCGUAACUAUGCGAACGAGCGUAAAGGUGACUGCGUUAUGAAACACUCGAGCGGGCCUUAUGGAGAGAACAUCGCAUGGAGCAGCGGUAGCAUGACAGGCGUUGCAGCGGUUGACAUGUGGGUGGGGGAACAAUCUGACUACGACUAUGAUUCCAACACAUGUGCUUGGGACAAACAGUGUGGCCACUAUACUCAGGUUGUGUGGAGAAACACGGAGAAGUUAGGGUGUGCGAAAGUGAGAUGCAAGAAUGGUCAAACCUUCAUCACUUGCAACUACGAUCCUCCCGGUAACUGGGUUGGCGAGUGGCCUUUCUAAAAAAUAAAAACACUCCAUUUCAAUGUUUACGUUAUUUAUAUACAUGUAUGUAUUAUAUUUCCUUGCUGUUCAGUUUUACCAAUCAUCGAUCGUCAGCUAAUAAAGAUUGGUUUGUCCGGUCCGGUCCGGUCCUCUUUGUACCAUAUGUAUACGUGGAUUUUUGUAAUCUAAUAAAACAAUGCAGUCCUACGGCUUGUGCACUUGCUUUAAUUUGUUUGCUAUAUAUAUAUGAAAAUCUCCUCUCACUUUCUA